AUGUCGGAUAACGUCAAGCAUCGGGUGUGUUGGCCACUAUACGGAUUCACAUUCCAGUCCCGUGGACAUGAGCUUACUGUUUUGGAAACGCAGGAUCAGUUCGUUCUGCCCCCCCUCGACCGAGCCGCACCCGUCAGAAUGAGAAAGUGGAUUCCGCCCGCGGAGCGUGAACCCCCCCCGGCCUACAGCCAGCAAGAGCUCGAUGAGGUGGAUGAAUCGAGCGAGAGUGACGUUAGCGAGAGCGACGAUGACGGGGAUGACAAUGGCGAGAAUGACAAUGGCGAGAAUGACAAUGGUGGGAAUGUCAAUCAUGGGAAUGACAACCAUGGGAAUGUCAACCAUGGGAAUGUCAAUCAUGGGAAUGUCAAUGACACAGUAGUGGCAGAGCAGACCCGGCAAGUUCAUCAGCUCCGGCAGAAACGUGAUGAACAGGAGGACUUGAUCGAACGCCAAAAGGACCUCAUUCGCCGUGUGGAGGAAAAAAAGUCCAAGUACGAUCUACAACUGGCCUGGAGGAUGUGCGCACAGCUCCACGAGUCCGGCCCGCCGAUCCGACCCAUCUUGCAGCGCAGCGAGUUGUGGGAGUAUGAGCUCGAGGACGACGAGUUGAGAUACCACAGAGAAGUCCGGCAGAAAUGGCCCAUGAGCCCGCUGGAGCAUGAACUGGAGGACCUGAAACUCGUCACCGAGUACAACCGCAAGUUGCUCGUGAGACUCCAACACUCAAUCGAAAAGGCCGAGCAUAAGUGGCAGGAUAGCCUCUACUUAUGGGAACGCUACCGCCGUCGGGAGGAACGUGAUCGGGAGGAUCGAGAGCGGGAAUGGGAUCGGUUGCAGUUGAGAGUUGAAGUAGUCAAGCAGGCGCAUAAGGACAUGGUCAAGGAUGAGUUGACGCGAGGCACGGAGACUCGAGGCGUGAAACGCAAGGCUGACGAGCAGGCCGCCGGCGGCAGUCGCCCGCGUGAGGGGGGACAUGUUGACAACCCUCUGUAUGUGUGA